AUGGGAGAUCCUCUCAGCGUAACCGCGAGCGUGAUCGCUGUAGUAGAUGCGUCAAUCAAGGUCGCUUCGCUAUGCUCAAAAUACUAUAAAGACGUCAAGAAUGCCCAGAAAGAUAUCGAUCGGCUCAAAUCAGAAAUUACCAACCUAAAAGACGUAUCCAAAAGCGUACAGAAAUUGCUUGAUGGUCCCAAUGGCGCGAAACUUGAGGCUUCCCAGUCAUUGCACAGCGCGCUUAAGGAGAUCCUAUCACAGCUGGAAACAUUGGAAACGAAACUGAGGCCUACUAAACAUCGUAAAGCUAUGAGGAAAUUUGGAUGGCGCGCUUUGAAAUGGCCGUUCGAGGGCGAGGAUGUUGACAAGGCGGUCCAAGACCUUAGGCGCCACGCGCAGACCGUUUCUCUUGCCUUGCAAGUCGACCAGACGACUGCUAUACUAGACCAUGACCAGAAAACAGUUCUAAAUCGGCUUCCCAUUGCCGACGGUGCAGCAUUCGAUUCCCACGCCGAAGAAUACAAUCCGACCUGUUACGAAGGCACUCGAGUCGACCUUCUACGUGAAAUAUCGGAGUGGGCGGGGGGCCCCAAGGCCAAAGCGGUCUUCUGGCUGAAUGGGAUGGCGGGCACGGGCAAGUCUACCAUCUCACGCACGGUGGCGCAGAAUUUCUCCAAGAAGAACCAGCUCGGUGCCAGCUUCUUCUUCAAGAAGGGCGAGGGUGACCGAGGAGGGGCGACAAAGCUUUUUACUACGAUUGCCGCCCAGCUCAUUCAACGAGAGCCAGCCCUUGCGCCACCCAUUCAACGUGCCAUCAAUGACGACCCUGGCAUCUUCGGAAAGAGGAUGCGGGACCAGUUUGAGAAGCUAGUCUGGGAUCCUUGGUCUCAGAUUACCAGAGAGACUCCCAACACAUCUACGCUCCUUAUUGUUGUCGACGCUCUGGACGAGUGCGAGCGUGAAGAAGACAUUCGAACAAUCAUCAGCCUCUUUUCUCGCCCUCAACCCUCGCAGUCAUCACAACUACGAAUCUUGGUAACUAGUAGGCCCGAAUUGCCGAUUCGUCUGGGCUUUAAUGAUGCUAAGGGUACAUUCCAAGACUUGAUUCUCCACGAGAUACCUGAGCAGGUCGUUGGGAAGGACAUCUCGGUAUUCCUUACGCACGAGCUUGAAAAUAUUCGCAACGAUUACAACAAAUCCGUAUCAAACAGUCUGCAACUCUCGCCGAUUUGGCCUGGGCAGCCGAAUAUCCAGGUGCUUGUGAAGAUGGCCGUCCCCCUCUUCAUCUUUGCUGCCACAGUAUGCCGCUUUAUCAAGGAUACCGCCUGGCGCGACCCAGAUGGACAGUUGAAGAAAGUGCUAGCUUACGAGACGAAUACAAACAACUCCGAGCUGGAUAAGCUAGAUGCCACCUACCGUCCAAUUCUCGAACAGGUCCUUGCUGGACAGAAUGAACAUGCGAGAAAGAGCUUAAUCGGAGAAUUUUGUCGAGUUGUCGGCGCCAUUGUUCUUCUUGCCCAACCUUUAUCUACACUGUCUCUCGAAAAACUCCUCGCCACCAGCCCCGGCAUUGUAGACAGGAGACUGAGCUCAUUGCACUCAGUCCUCAACAUCUCAUCGAAUUUGGAUAUACCGAUUAGACUUUUCCAUAAGUCAUUCCGCGAUUAUUUGUUGGAUGUAGAAAGGCGAGAUAGCAAUCCGUUCUGGGUAAACGAGAAAGAAACCAACAAGCAAUUGGCGAUCAACUGUAUACGCAUUAUGAACGACGCCCUCCGGACAAACAUUUGUGACAUACAAUGGCCGGGAACACCUCGUUCCUCUACUGACUCCCGAAUAAUAAGCGAUAAGUUACGGCCCGAAAUCCGAUAUGCAUGUCAAUAUUGGGUUUACCACAUAAAACAAGCAGGAGGGAAUGGUAACGACGAUAAUCAGAUCUACAGCUUCCUCCAGCAGCACUUCCUGCACUGGCUAGAGGCAUUAAGCCUCAUGGGGAGAGUCUCGGAAAGUCUGCAAAUGAUCAGGACAUUGCAAUCACUCCCCGAGGUACGUUAUCGCAGAGCCAAGUAUUACAACAUCGCUAACUUGAUCUGGAUGGAGGUUUCUACACAACUACGCAACUUCCUUACUGAUGCCACACGCUUUAUUCUUACCAACAUAUCCAUAAUCCAGCAUGCGCCUCUCCAAACGUACUGCUCGGUGCUUGCCUUUGCCCCUGAGAAAAGUAUUGUACGUACCACAUUUAAGAAUAACAUUCCCAAGUGGGUAUGUCUUCAGCCAAGAGUAGAGGCACACUGGAACGCAUGCUUGCAAAUACUUGAGGGUCAUAGCAGCUUGGUAAGGUCGGUGGCAUUCUCAGCCGACUCGAAGCUGGUAGCAUCGGGAUCGUAUGACAAGACGGUACGGCUCUGGUCGACAGAUACGGGCGAAUUACAGCAGACACUCAAGGGUCAUAGCAGCCGGGUAAGCUCGGUGGCAUUCUCAGCCGACUCGAAGCUGGUAGCAUCGGGAUCGUAUAAUAAGACGGUAUGGCUCUGGUCGACAGAUACGGGCAAAUUACAGCAAACACUCAAGGGUCAUAGCAACUGGGUCACCUCAGUGAUAUUCUCAGCCGACUCGAAGCUGGUAGCAUCGGGAUCGGGCGACAAGACGGUACGGCUCUGGUCGACAGAUACGGGCAAAUUACAGCAGACACUCGAGGGUCAUAGCAGCUGGGUAAGCUCGGUGGCGUUCUCAGCCGACUCGAAGCUGGUAGCAUCGGGAUCGGGCGACAAGACGGUACGGCUCUGGUCGACAGAUACAGGAGAUUGUCUGCUGGCUCAUGAUCUCGGCACCACUUUCUAUAACCUAUCCUUUGAUCCUAACGGCAAAACCCUCCAUACUAACACUGGUGCCAUCUCCCUUAAUGAUCUACAUUCGCUAACUAGGAUUGUCACCAUUAAUAAUACUGACCAUUCCUUAAUAUCCCCUCGUCAAAUACCCAAGCCAGGCCGAAAUUACCUUUCCGGCUAUGGCAUCAGUACAACUAAUGAAUGGAUAACAUUGGAUGGAAAUAACUUGUUCUGGUUGCCAGCAGAUUCUCGGCCCCGGAAGUCAGCUGUAUCUGGCUCUACGAUAGUAAUUGGCUGUCCUUCAGGAAAGGUUAUUAUUAUGUGCUUUUUAGCAAAGGGGCCCCUAGAAAUUUCACUGAAUGCUUCAGUUUAA